AUGGCUGCGAUCAGGAGUGGGGUGACCCCGGUUUCUCUAACGAUAUGUUUUUUAAGACAAGCUGGAAGACACAGUCUGGGCAACCAUUCACUUACAGAGAGAUUGAAACAGAGGUUUCUACAGACGUCCCAUCUUCACACAGUAGUAGAAUGUAGGAGUCCAUCGACUAGAGCUGGUCUCGGUCGACGUCACAAUGGGAGGUUCUUAUUGGUCAGUUCCGUGGCCGUCAGGCACAACAGCUCACAGAUCUCAAGUGAAACCCUUCCCACGGCAUCUCCAGUGCUGGAAGCAUCCAUCCCCAGCACCACAGUCAUGGAUCCCACUAUAAACACACAGCCAAUCACUGAGCAGGUAUUUGAGGCUGCACCAACUGUAAUGGAUGUUCUGCAGGGGGUGGGAGUAGAGCUGAGCCUAUCAGAGCUGGGCCUGGGGAGCGCCACCCCCGUGGGCCUGGUCCAGAACCUACUCGAGUUCAUGCAUGUGGACAUGGGGAUGCCGUGGUGGGGAGCUAUUGUUGUAGGCACGGUGCUGGCCCGCAUCAUGGUGUUCCCGGUCAUCGUGAAGGGUCAGAGGGAGGCAGCCAAGCUGAACAACGUUAUACCAGAGAUGACCAAACUCACCAACAAGAUGAACGAGGCCAAACAGAGCGGAAACAAGUUUGACUUUGCUAAGGCGUACUCUGACCUGACCAUGUUCCAGAAGAAGCAUGACGUCAACCCUCUUCGUGGCUUCCUGGUCCCUCUGGUGCAGACUCCAGUCUUCAUCUCGUUCUUCAUUGCUCUCAGAAAGAUGUCCUACCUCCCUGUCCCCAGUAUGCAGACAGGAGGGUGCUUGUGGUUCUUCGACCUCACAGCAGCAGACCCCUUCUACAUCCUCCCCAUCGCUGUGACCGGAACCAUGUUCGCCAUCCUGGAGUUGGGGGCAGAGUCUGGUGUGGAUAACCCUAACCUGAAAGCCAUGAAGACUGUGUUCAGAAUCAUGCCCUUCGUCAUCCUCCCCCUCACCAUCAACUUCCCCACGGCGGUGUUUACGUACUGGAUGACAUCCAACUGCUUCUCCCUGGCCCAGGUGGCCCUGCUCAAACACCCACUGGUCAGACAGAAGCUGAGGAUCCCAGAGAGGAUCGAACACCCGGUCUCCGGCCAGCCCCAGAACGAAGGCUUCAUCGAUACCAUCAAGAAGGGCUGGAAGAACGCUCAACUGGCCCAGCAGUUGGAGGAGAGGGAGAGGAGGAUGAAGAACCACCUGGACAUCGCUCCUAAAGGUCCACUGAGGCAGACCUUCACCCACAUCCCUCUACAACAGUCAACACCAUCCAUUCCAGCAACAACAUCAGCAACCAAGUCAGCCAAAGCAAAACAAGCGGCCCCGGCAACCGGUGGUAAGGAGAGGCCAUGGGAGGAGACUAUUGGUUGAAGAAGAGUGACAGACAGUUUGAAGGCCCAAUGAAUCAUGUGUACAUAUUUGAGGGAGAGGGGGAUUGGUAGAGAACGUGGGCAAUAUUCUAAAUAAAGAGCAAACUUCUGUUGCCUUAUAAAGUCUGUUUACAUUAUGAUAACCUGAAUUCUUAUUUGAAAACAUGAAAUCGGUAUUGUUCAUUAUAUCCAUUGGAAUGACGGCAAGGGAAUUGUUACAACUAGUGUUUGCAUUGUACAUAUCUAUGGUGGGAAUCGAGUCAUUUAACAUUUCCAUCAGUAAUUUAUUAUAAAUAGUCUAAACAAUUGAUCAACUCAACCAACCCCCUCCCCUUUGUUUAAAUCAACUCACAUGUUGAGUGAAUGAGGAAAGAUUAUUCUUAAUACGUUGAUUAAAAAAUAUAUCCCUUUGCUUUAAAAAAAUCUUAAAGGCUGCAGGUGGAAUGGACAUUUACAUAGGACAAAUCUAACACAUUUUCCACAAAAAUAAUUGUGCCUAGAGCAACCUGUAUACUACUAUUCUCGCCUAACCACAUACAACGAACUAACCCUCAGUAAUUAUAUUACUUUCCGACAUGUCUUCAGUG